AUGCGCAACCGGUUCAAGAAAUCCUCGCGCUCUACCUCCAUCAGCUCUGCGCAAUCCCCCAGCAACUCCCCACAGAAGCUUGCCGUACCAGGCACCACCCAAACCCCGGCACCUUCCACACCAAAUGACCUAGCGAAGCCGUCUCUGGUCAAUGCCCCGCCGGCCUCUGUCAAUACUAGGACUAUGGGCAUAAGCAGUGGCCUAACUAGUGAAGAAAAGCGGCUCCCUACAACUCCGGCCCCAGCCAACGUCUCCCGGAAACUAUCCACCAUUCGAACCGUAACGACUUCCGACGACGGACCCCGCGCUUCAUCUGACGACGACCUGCCCUCCGACGCCUCGGCAUCCAUCACACGCAACUCCAAUUCAACCUUUUCUGGCUCUGAAAACAGCGCAACCAGCGCCGCAUCCUCUGCAUCCCACUCGCUACAGAACGACCGCAACAUAACCCCCAGCAGUCGCCUAAACCAAAGUACACUCUCUGAUUCCGACGACCCUGUCAUACGACCAGGAAGCCCGGAAGCAAUGCCUGCGAGGUCCGAAGUGGAUAUUGAACACCGAGGAGACAUUAGCUCGCUAGCCGUCCCCGAACGAUCCUUGACGCGGGUAAUUUCAAACUCGAGCCUCAGCCAGGAAGGUGUUGCCAUGACGGACGAUCGACAGGGCGAGGGGGCUGGCGCCAAUGGUUGGGACUCCACGGUUGGUAAGGCCGGCCUGGGCAAGACUGGCCGUGUGAUCAAUCGCCUGGUGUCGGACAAUGAAACGCUCAAACGGGACCUGAAGCUCGAGAGCUUAAAGGCAGACGAAUCCCGGCAGGCCGCCAAGCUGCUAGAGGACAAGAUGGAGAGAAUGGUCUCCGAGUAUGAGAGCCGCCUGCUGGAGGCCAGCGUCACCAAAACACUGCUGGCUCGCAAGGAACGUCAGGUCGAGAGUCUACAGGGCGUCGUCGAGCUGGAGAAACAGCGUGCUACCGAUGCUAAGGACCGGGAGCGCAUUUGGAGAGAAGAGAUGGACAAGGUCAAGAAGGAGUCAAAACAGCAGGUUGAGGAGGCCACCGCCCACGCUGCACUGAUGGAAGGCCGCUACAACGCCAUCAGCAGCCACUGGCGUGACCAGGGCGAUGCUGUAAAGCAGGCCCUGGGCAGCAUGGCCAAGGAAGUCAAGGAGCUGGCCGAGGCACGGCGGCAAGACGACGACAAGAUCACAACACUCCGUGAUCUGUGCGACCAGCAGGACGGUAACAUCCGUCUAUUGUGGCAGCAAAAGGAGGACAUCACUCGCAAGUACGAGGCUUACAAAAAGGAGCAGGAAGAUGCGCUGCGUGACAUCAAGGCCAAUGCCGCCAAGCGCGAAGCCGAGCAAGAACAAAUGCUAGAAGAAGCCCGGCAGGUGCUUGACAAGCUGAGGUGGGCACUCAAUGUCAAGAACAAUGUUGCCUGGGCGGAAUAA